AUGGCUUCCCUUCCCAUUUUCCUGUGUACUCUCCUAAUUUUCUUGUUAUCUUUCAAUGAAAUCUCCGCCGUGAAGUACGAAGUGAUUGUGGAUAAGGCCGGCCCAAAAAAAAACGCAACCAACACGACAAUGGGGGGCAUCGAAAAAUUCCACAAAGUUAUUGGCGGAGUUCCGUACACACAACAAAUAAUGGGUCAGAUCAACACCUUUAUGUGGUCCACCAUCUUGAAACAAAACACCCCAGCUGAAAGAAAAUCCAUAGAUACUAUUCAAGUUUUCAUCACGUAUUUUUUUGGACCUGAAGCAAUCACUUGGGGCGGUAAUAAGAUUAAUGUUAGUGUGUAUUAUUUGGACAUGUACGAGGGGCCAAACACCUUGAAAUGGGGAUUUACGUCCCUUUUGUACCAUGAAAUGACCCAUGUUUUCCAAUGGAAUGGUGAGAAGAAGGCCCCUUCAAAUUUAUUAGAAGGGAUCGCAGAUUACACGAUUCUCAAAGCUAAUUACGCCCCAUCAGGCUUUAACAAGCCCGGUUCCGGGAGUAGAUGGGACGCGGGGUUUGAUAUCACAGCCCGUUUUCUCGAGUAUUGUGACGGGCUUGUUCCAGGGUUCGUGGCAAAGCUUAACAAUAUGAUGAGGAAGACUUACGACAUAUCAUUUUUUAAAAAUAUAACAGGAAAGCCCGUAGAGCAACUCUGGAAGGAUUACAAGGCUAAACAUCCAGGGGUUGAAUAG